AUGACCACUAUUAUAGGAAAAAUAAACCUUAUUAACAACCUUCUAGGGAUUGUUGAUAUAAAGCUUAAGUUUAUUUCUGCCAACACUGCCAACAUUGGUAAUGAGCUCCGUAUCGUUAACACUCCUCCAUCUGAUGGUGAAACUCGCAAGAUUCCUUUUGAACAAGAUGCAAAUGCGACUGCCGUCAAGGAAAUUGAGAUACGUGUCCGUCCUGUUUUAAAUGACAUCAUAAAUUCAUUAGAAUAUCGAACAUAUACAGCCAUGUUUGAAAAAAAUAUUAACUUUUAUGACGAUAUCAAGCUCAACAUAAUCGUUGGUGAUAAAGAUACUCAUAGUGAUAAAGUUACUUUAGAAGUCGAGAAUAUCAAAUAUACUGCAGAAUUGGUCUCUGUUGAGAAAUAUGUAUUAGGGUUAGAUAUUAAUCAAAAUCAAUCCAAAAAGAAUAUUGGAACCGAAAAGAAUGUUGGAUGUCCUAUGGCCAACAAUUUUACCUUUGUUCAUAAGACAGAUAAUGACUCGAUUAUGCCGCAAGAAGUUGGUAAUGGAAAUAGCGACAAUUGGUUUUUUCGGUUUCUUCAUGGCCAAGACAGUGAAAAAUUUCCUCUUACCCAGGAAGGCACUCCAGAAGAUUGGAAGUUGGCGCGACAUAAUUUAACUAAACGGAAAAGGUUAAUUUUAGGACAUGUCGCU